AUGGCGGACGUAUACGGAGAAGAAACCAAUGGCCGGACAGCCAACGGAGACGACGAUUUACAAAUAGAUAGCGAUAACAGCGACAUAGUCGACACAUCCUCCACAUUCGACGACCGCACGACAAUCGUCUCCUCCAUAAAAAAUUACAAGUACGAGAACGGCCGACGAUACCACUCCUUCCGCGACGGCGAAUAUCUGCUCCCAAAUGACGAGCGGGAACAAGAACGUCUCGAUUUGUUACAUCAUACUUUCCGACUCUUAUUGAAUGGGGAGUUGUAUAGAGCACCCCUGAGUAAUCCCGUGAGAGUAUUAGAUUUUGGCACAGGCACUGGUGUAUGGGCGAUUGAUUUUGCGGAGGAAAACCCUAGGACGGAAGUGCUAGGAACAGACCUGAGUCCAAUUCAACCCUCGUGGUUUCCGUCAAACUGUCGGUUUGAAGUUGAUGAUGUCGAGAGUGAAUGGUUGUACGGAUAUCAAUCCUUUGACUACAUCCACUGCCGGGGCAUGACGGGCUCAAUCCGCGAUUGGCAGAAACUCUUCGCCCAGGCCGUGGACAACCUGCAGCCGGGUGGAUGGAUGGAGGUACAGGAAUAUGAAAUCGAGAUUUCGUCGGAUGAUGGCUCGCAUCUCAAAGCCGAGAAUUUUGUGUUGUGGAAGGAUAAAUUGAAUGAGGCGAGUCAGAUGUUUGGGAAGCCGUUUAGUGAUUAUUCGUUGCAUAAGCAGAGGAUGGAGGAAGCUGGUUUUAUUGAUAUUAGUGAAGACACAUUCAAAGUCCCAAUCGGCCCCUGGCCCAAGGACAAACGCAUGAAAGAAGUGGGCAAAGUCCAACAGUACCAAAUGUUCGAAGCCGUCGAACCUUAUUCUCUGGCUGUCUUCAUACGAGUCCUGAAAUGGAGCAACGAAGAUACACGCGAAUUGAUCGAGAAAGUGAAAGCCGAAAUCUGUGAUCCGCAAUACCAUAUUUAUUCACUGUUUACUUUUGUGUAUGGACGAAAACCGGAGGAUUGA